AUGCCUGUAGUUGUAGGAUUCCGUGAGGGCGCUGUUGCAACCUCAUGCGCGCUCUCAUUGCCCCUCGAGCCGCUCACUCCCUCCGCGCUCUCACGGCAGGAGGACGUGGUGCUGCUGCGCCAUGCGCUGCAGUGUGGCACGAAGCAGUGGGGAGAGCUGAGCCACGUGCUACAGCAGCAGCAGCAGCAGCACCAAAAGGGUGGUGUGGGUUCACACCGAUCACGGUCAGCUGCUCUUACUUUUGGAGGCACAGUGCAGUGCUCACGGUCGCUGGCGAGUGGCUGUGCGCAGCAGGGGAAGAGGAGCCGCGUGCAACCAGCACCGUGGCCUCGGAUUGGGUCAGAGAGUGCUUUUCCAGACGGCGUGCUGCUGGGGAUCAGCAUCAAGGACCACAUGCCUGGCGACCGCACACCGCAUGCUGCUCUGCCAGUGCCUCUGCGCUCGCAAGUUACAGCUUUGGGUGGUUCAUUCCCCGGGGCGAAGAGCAGGUGCAUCUGCAGGAAGGCCCCUCACGAUAAGUGCUUUAAUAGACAGACGCCAGUUCAGCCCACCGCCUCAUGCCACUGGCUUGCCUGCUGCUCGCUUGCUCCCCACACGCCCGUGUCUCCCCUCUGCCUGCCUGGGCCAGCCUACCACCUGCCAGUGCGUCACCCACUAUGUGCCGUUGCCCUCCGUGCUCCUGACGCGCUCUUGCCCGAGGGGAGAGAGCUACAGGGACCAGAGCUGGCAGCCUUUCUGUACAUGUCAGAGCUUCGCCAGGCGGGAGCACGGCAGCAUGGCGGAGGGAGUCACACGGCGCAGCUGCUGCGGGUGCUGGGAUGGGAGGAAACCUUGGGAGAUGCGAAAGAGAAGGGGGAGAUGUGCGGAAGAGGAGAGGGAGCUGCGGGGGCGAGUAGGGAAGCUGAGAGCAGCAGGGGCUGGGAGCAGAGUGUGAUUGACAAGGGAGAGGUGGGCAGCGGGGAAUAG